AUGCUUUCCGUAGUGUUCCUGUACAAGAAAGUGGUGUUAUGUUUCUUGUUACCUGGUCACUCUCACAACAUUGCCUAUCGCGUCAUUGCAUGGUGUAGGCGUGUUACACGCAAAAUGAACUUAUAUGAUCCACUGCUUCUCGUGGAAGAAGUGAACAACAAAUACUUUAUUUCUCCUCCAUCAGGUUACACCUCGAACUAUCUUUUUGAGAUAGAUCAAGGAGUUUGUACUGCGCGCAAAACAGUUAACGCGCCGGAUAGUGAAACCUGCACCUAUGUAAUGAUUAAUCCGAACAGUCUCGAUGAGAUACGAAACACUUUUAUCACCGAGCUCCUUGGAAUUCAUGCUCGCACUAUUUGGGAAGCUUUCAUUCACAGCGUCCGGCUACCGCGCUGUAAAACUAAAGAGUUGUCAGAGAAAAAGUUGAAAUCGUUAUCAGCAAAGUAUUUUUCGAUACCACAGGAGUUCUUGGUCUACUACCCAGCCGUACCAGAGCCAAUCGUAAACGCUCCACAACUCGACUCCACAAUCAGCGAUACAGACGUACCAGCUCCAUCAAAUGAGAAGCGAAAACCAGGGCGCCCCAAGAAGAAGCAAAACACGUUGAAAUCGAAGCAGCCUUCGAUCCUGCAGUUUUUCGACAUGGCCCAGAGGCCGUCGAGCUAA